AUGCAUCCGGACACCUUUCGAGCUGUCAAAAGAAAUCGUUGGAGCGGCAAGUUUUUGUAUUUGCAGUUGGGGAUGUACGAUUUAAGAAGGAACCAAGUUGCUCGGAUAGCUUUUAUAGCUGACCAAAAAGGUGUUGUUCAGAUGACUGAAGUGAAAGCUAAAGUAGGAGGAGUAGCUGUACUCCCUUGUGAUAAUAACAUACAUUCAGACAAUCCCCUGAAGCACUACAAUGUCUACUGGCAAAAAGUUAUCGGCAAAAAUAAAACCGAUCAGGUUGCAAUAUCGUACUGGAAAGGCCGAGAAGACGCAAAACACCCAAAUUAUCAGUACAGAACCACAAUGGACCUGCAGAAUUUUACCCUUUGGAUAUCCUCAGUGAAAGUGUCAGAUGAAGGCCGAUAUAAAUGCAUCAUAUUGGAGGAGGGAACAAACAGUAUAUACUUAUCAGUAGAUAUAUACUUAUCAGUAGUGGCUGAUUUCAGCAGGCCUGUCAUAAAUGUUGAUAUACACGCUAAUACCUGUGGCUCAGCAUUAUUGAUACUGAGAUGCUGUUCUCAUGGAGGAUAUCCAGAGCCUACCAUAUCUGGGCUCCUGAAUAAUAACGAAGUGGAAUGGAAACCUAUUUCUGUACUUGACAACCAAAAAAAUCUCUUCAACAUUACUGGCUACUUGGAGCUCAAUAACGUGACUGAAGAUAUAUUUUUCCGUUGCAUAGUUUCUUACUCAGGUUUCCAUGUGUCCACCAGCUACAACUGCACAAUACCAAAGGAGUGUUCUGCGGUAAUACCUUUAUCUUCCUGGAUUGUGAUUGCUGCAGGUGUGAGCCUUGCUUUUUUUGUAGUUGUGGCAGCACUGGCAAACAUCCAAUGCUGCAAAAGGCAUACAUCUCUUUGCUACGCCAGAUCUCAUCAGCCAGUGGCAAGAAGUGAAGUCAACAGUACUGCUCUGACACCCCUCCAGCCCUCCAGUGGGACAUCAUAAAAAUAAUCUUUCUGAACAGACAAGGUUUAUAAGAUCACCUCUUCUGUAUUGGACUCCAGCAUUUGCUCUGCAAGUUGAGAUUUUGCU